CCGCGGGGGCGAAACCAACCAAACCCUCGGCCGUUCCAUUCCAUAAACCCGAGGAAGCCACCACACCCCUCGCCCCGCUUCCCCUCCGCAGCGCGGCCACCGUCUCCGCCAGAACCCUAGGGAAAUCACGGGGAAGGCGCGGCGGAAGCAGCCGGCCUCCCUCGCCCGGGAAGAUGACGGAGAACCACCGCUUCUGGGGAGUUGUCGUCAAGCCUGGAGAGACAGUGAAGUGUGACCCAGGAGAUUCACAUUAUCACAUUUCGACGAUAGCAUUGGAGCCUGGCAAGGCAGAAGAGGAUGUGCAAGUUUUUGUCAAAAUUGACGAUACAAGGAUUAUGCUUGGCACACUUUCAGUUGAUAAUCAUCCUCAUGUUUUAGCUGAUCUGGUGUUCAAAGAGGAGUUUGAGCUGUUCCACUCCUCAAUGACCAGCAACAUCAGCUUUAUGGGCUACAAAUUUGAUAUUAUCAAAAGAUUUCACUCAUGUACUAAACAAGGUGCUGAUUCUGAUGAGGAGGUUCCAUUGGCUAUUCCACUAGACAUCAAUACAGACGGUUACAAAAACAAUGAAGCUACACAUGGUGCCAAUAAUCUUCUUAUUGCACCAAGGCCUGCUGAUGCUCCAUCCUCUAUACCAAAGGCUAAAGUUGAGGAAACAAAUAGUCCUGGAAAGCAAAAGGGAGAUGAUAAGGAUAAGACUGGUAUGCAGAAUUCCAGUGAUGGCCUUGAUAAUGAGAGUUCUGAUCAAGAUGUGGAUUAUCCUCGAAAGAGAACAAAGGACGAUUAUAAUCCAAUGGAAACACCUCUGAAUACACCCCAGGGGAAGAGGGCAAAGAUAGCAACACCAACUACGGGCAACAAAACUGGCUAUGUCCAUGUCGCGACCCCUCAUCCAGCAGCAAAACAGGCCCGUAAGCCAGGUGACCAUGUCCACGUUGCGACCCCUCAUCCGGCAGCAAAACAAGCUGGUAAGUCAGGUGACCAUGUCCGCGUUGCGACCCCUCAUCCGGCAGCAAAACAGGCUCGUAAGUCAGGUGACCAUGUCCACGUCGCGACCCCUCAUACGGCAGCAAAACAGGCUCAUAAGUCAGGUGACCAUGUCCACGUCGCGACCCCUCAUCCAGCAGCAAAACAGGCUCGUAAGUCAGGUGACCACGUCCACGUCGCGACCCCUCAUCCAGCAGCAAAACAGGCUCGUAAGUCAGGUGACCACGUCCACGUCGCGACCCCUCAUCCAGCAGCAAAACAUGCAAGGAAGACGCCUGAAAACAACGACGACAAGUCUAAGCAAUCCGCUGGCCACGUCUGCAACUCAUGCAACAGGACUUUCAGCUCCUUGAAGGGUCUUGGAGAUCAUUCCAGGGCGAAGCAUGGCGACGCCAAGUAAGGUGGCCUGAGAUAUACCGUGGACAGGCUCGAGUGAGGUGUUAUCUUAGGGGGGAUGCUGGUGAACUGAAUUUGGGUAUCCGAGGCAGAGAUGAUGUGUAAAGAGGUCGCUUCUUUGGGUAUAUCGCUCCCCACGCACGAUCAGGAUGUUCUCUCUUCUUUGACACCGUUUUAGAGCGGUGUUGGUGUGCUGUGCUAUGCUACGAAAUGCUGUUGAUUGUGCCGGGAUCCUGGAAUCAUGUGGUUAAUUAUUAUGGCUGGGUACUACUGUCUUGUUGAUAAA